AUGGGGGUUUACCUUAGCACUCCGAAAACUGAGAAGGUAUCUGAAGAUGGGGAAAAUGAUAAACUUAAAUUCGGACUUUCAUCUAUGCAAGGGUGGCGUGCAACUAUGGAAGAUGCUCACUCGGCUUUGCUAGAUCUUGACAAUGACACUGCAUUCUUUGGUGUUUUUGAUGGACAUGGAGGAAAAGUAGUUGCCAAAUUCUGUGCAAAAUAUCUACACAGAGAAGUUCUCCAUAGUGAAGCCUAUGCAGCUGGUGACUUGGGUGCUGCUGUCCACAGAGCUUACUUCAGAAUGGAUGAAAUGAUGCGGGGUCAAAGAGGAUGGCGGGAACUCCAAGCACUUGGAGAUAAGAUAAAUCAGUUUACUGGCAUAAUAGAAGGCUUGAUUUGGUCCCCUAAAGCAAGUGAUUCAAAUGAUAGACAUGAUGAUUGGGCUUUCGAGGAGGGACCACACUCUGAUUUUACUGGGCCAAAUUGUGGGAGUACAGCCUGUGUAGCAUUAGUCAGAAAUAGGCAACUCGUUGUGGCAAAUGCUGGUGACUCCCGCUGUGUCAUCUCAAGGAAUGGCCAGGCAUACAAUUUGUCUAGAGACCAUAAACCAGAGCUUGAGGCAGAGAGAGAAAGGAUACAAAGUGCAGGGGGUUACAUUCAAAUGGGGCGUGUAAAUGGAACUUUAAACUUGUCAAGAGCUAUUGGAGACAUGGAGUUUAAACAAAACAAGUUCUUGUCCCCUGAUAAGCAAAUUUUGACCGCAAACCCCGACAUAGACGUUAUCGAGUUAUGUGAUGACGACGAAUUCAUCGUUUUGGCAUGUGAUGGCAUUUGGGACUGCAUGUCAAGCCAACAGUUGGUUGAUUUCAUCCGUGAGCAUAUAAACACAGAGGAAAGCCUUUCGGCAGUAUGUGAAAGAGUGCUUGAUAGAUGCCUGGCUCCAUCGACCAUGGGCGGUGAGGGAUGUGAUAACAUGACGAUGAUCCUGGUGCAGUUCAAGAAGCGGAUUGCUCAGGUCAAGGACGCCGGUGGUGCAGAACAACCAGCUGGAGACGCAGGAUGCUCCGAGACCCAGUGA